AUUUACAAAUAAAGAAGAACAGUUUGAUAACAAAAUGGAGAACAAUGCUAGUGAUCUCUAUCCAUGUCAAUAUUGCAGAGUGGCAUUUUCAAAUGUUUCCUUUUUAAAGACACAUAUGAAAUUCAAACAUGGAGGAGAAGAAAUUGCUAAUUGGAGUCUAGCUCUCACUUCUAAGAAUAGUGAACAUUCUUUCCAGCCAUCUAGUUAUCAUGAUCAUCUUACAAUUUUUAUGAAAAAAAAGGCUUACAAGUGUGACAGAUGUAAUGAAUGUUUUACAAAGCUUAGCCAAUUGAAGAAACACCUUAGAAAUCACACUGAAAAAAAGCCUCUUGAGUGUGACACAAAGAUUGGCCAAUUGAUAAAACUCAUUGGAAAUCAUACAGAAGAAAAGCCUUACAAGUGUGACAUAUGUGGAAAAUGUUUUACAAAGCUUUUCCAAAUAAAGAAACACCUUAAAACUCAUACAGGAUUAAAGCCUUAUACCUGUGACACAUGUGGCAAAUGUUUUUUGCAGUUUUCAUGCUUACAGAUACACCUUCUUAUUCAUACAGGAGAAAAGCCUCACAAGUGUGACAUAUGUGGUAAAAGCUUCUUACAGUUGUCAAAUUUAAAGAGUCACCAUAGAUAUCAUACUGGAGAAAAACCUUACAAAUGUGGCACAUGUGGUAAAGGUUUCACAGAUUUACUGAGACACCAUAGAGUUCAUACAGGAGAAAAGCCUUUCAACUGUGACAAAUGUGGUAAAUAUUUUACAGAUUCAUCACACUUACGGAGACACAUCAGAAUUCAUAAUGGAAUAAAACCAUACAAGUGUGACCUUUGUGGUAAAUGUUUCACAGCUUUUUGGGAUUUAAAGAGACACCUUAAAAUUCAUACAGGAGAAAAGCUCUACAAUUGUGACAAAUGUGGUAAAUGGUUUAAGGAUCGUUACUACCAAAAGAAACAUGUUAAAAUUCAUUCAGGUGAUAAGCCUUACAAGUGUGACAACAGUGAUAAACGUUUUUUAAAGCUUACUCACUUAAAGAUUCACCUUAAAAAACAAAACUUAGAAAAGCCUUACCAGUGUGACAAAUGUGGUAAAUGUUUCACAACAAAUCAAAAGUUAAACAACCACACUGGCAUUCACACUGGCAAAUUACCUUAUAGGUGUGACAAAUAUGGUAAAUCUUUUGCAUUGAAGAGCACUUUACAAAUCCAUUUUACAAUUCAUACUAAACUUCAUAAGUGUGACAAAUGUGGUAAAUGCUUCAUAAAGCUUUCAAAUUUUCAGAACCACUGUAGAAUGCAUUGAUGUGAAAACCCUUACGUGUGGUAAAUGUUUUACAAAGCUUUUCCAAAUAAAGAGACGCCUUAAAGCUCAUCAGUAUUAGAGCCUUAUACCUGUGACAUAUGGUAAAUGUUUUUUGCAGCUCUCAGGUUUAUAAAGAGACACUUUAACAUUCAUACAGGAGAGAAGCCAUACAAGUGUGAUAUAUUUGUUCAGUGCUUGUCACAAUUCUAAAAUUUAAAGAUUCACUUUAGAUUUCAUACUGUAGAAAAACCUUACAUACGAGUGGCAUGUGGUAAAUGCUUCACAAGAUGUCACAGUUUACUGAGACACCACAGAAUUCAUACAGGAGAAAAGUCUUUCAAGUGUGUCCAGUGUGGUAUAUAUUUUACAGAUGCUACAAACUUAUGGAAACACUUAAUGAUUCUUACUUGAAUAAAACCUUACAAGUGUGACAUUUGAGGUAAAUGUUUUACAGGGUUUUAGGAUUUAAGGAAACACAUUACAAAUGUGGUAAAUGCUUCAUAGAUCUCUCAAAGUUCCAGAAACACAGUGGAAUUUACAGAUGUGAAAAGCCUUACAAGUGUGGUAAAUGUUCUACACAAAUUUAAUUUUUGCAGGAUCACCAUGCAAUCCAUACUGGUGAAAAGCCUUACUUUUGUGAAAAAUGUGGUAAAUGUUUAGCACUCUUUACCUAUUUACAGAACCACUGUAAAAUUCAUAUAGCAGAAAAGCCUUAAAGGUGUAACAAAUGUGGAAAAAAUUUUGUAUUCUUCUUCAUUUUACAGGCACACAAUAGAACUCAUACAGGAGAAAAGCCUUACAAGUUUUUCACUUGUAGUAAAUGUUUCACACAUAUCU